CAUCGGUUCUUUCUCCGUAUUUUAAAUUACUCAAUCCAAAUUCUUUAUUACUAUCUCUCUGUAUAUCUCUCUCACACACAAACUGAAUUGGGUGUGUGUUGAUCAAUACAGGAAUGAGUCACAAGUACAGUAAUGGGGGUAUUGCAAACGGAGGCGGUGAUUAUAGAAACAAUGAUGAUGAGGAAAUGGGGGGUGUAGUAUUGGGUUUAGACGGGGGUACUACCUCUACAAUUUGUGUUUGUAUGCAAUUUCACCCUCAACUCGUUGACCCCCUUCCCAUUCUUGGUCGGGCUGUUGCUGGUUGUUCUAAUCAUAACAGUGUUGGAGAAACAGCAGCAAGAGAUACAUUAGUACAGGUUAUGACUGAAGCCCUUUCGAAAUCAGGAUCAAAGAAAUCAGCUGUUCGAGCUGUUUGUUUAGGUGUUUCUGGUGUCAACCAUCCAAAUGACCAGGAAAGGAUAUUAAAUUGGUUGAGGAAUAUUUUUCCAAGCCAUGUCAAGCUGUAUGUUCAGAAUGAUGCUGUGGCAGCUCUUGCAAGUGGGACAAUGGGUAAACUUCAUGGAUGUGUUUUGAUAGCGGGCACAGGGAGCAUUUCUUAUGGAUUCACUGAAGAUGGGAGAGAAGCUCGCGCUGCUGGCGGGGGGCCUGUAUUGGGUGAUUGGGGCAGUGGUUAUGGAAUUGCUGCAAAAGCCUUGACUGCAGUAAUUAGGGCUCACGAUGGUCGCGAUUCACAGACAAUGCUUACAGACAGUAUUUUACAACAUCUCGGUCUUCCAUCUCCAGAUGAGCUCAUAGGGUGGACGUAUGCAGAUCCAUCUUGGGCACGCAUUGCAGCACUUGUUCCAGUAGUUGUAUCUUCUGCUGAAGCUGGUGAUGAGAUUGCGCAGCAAAUCCUGAACGAUGCAGUGCAGGAACUGGCUUUGACAGUGACCGCUGUUGUUAAACGACUUGGCAUGGCCGGGGAAGAUGGAAAUUUACAUUUUCCUAUCGUUAUGGUUGGUGGUGUCCUGGAAGCUAACAAAAGCUGGGACAUAGGGAAAGAAGUUAUCACUUGUAUACUGAAGACUUAUCCAGGCGCUACUCCAGUAAGACCAAAGGUUGAGCCUGCAGUUGGGGCAGCUUUGCUGGCUUGGCAUUUCCUAAGGAAAGAAAUAUAUGGGAAGUGCUAUAGAUGACCAGGGUAGCUUUGCUGGCUUGACAUUGCUUAAAGAAAGUAAUUUAUGGGAAGUGCCAUAUAGAUGGCCAUGCUAAGAUCAGACUCGAUACUGUAUAGUUACGGAGGACAAAAACCCUAAAAAUGAUUUCACAUACUGUUAGGUUAUCACAAGAUAUGCAUUUUAAUGUGUAAACACAGGAAAAAGAUACAUAAGCCAAAGGCCAAACAAUGUUCGUUUAAAAUUCAGUAGGCGACAAGAUUACAAUGUGUCCUGUAACUUGCCCAAUAUCGUCGAAUGUGAAUCUCACGUUGCAGCUUACUGGUGAGAAUACUGUGGAGUGUGGAGUGUGAACGGUGACUUUUUUUUCUUUCUUU